AUGAAGCCUCUUCUUCUUCUUCUUCUCGGGAUUACUGUAGUCUCUGGUGUUAUUCGGCUUGAUGGAGACGGUGGUGGUGGUGACUGGGAUUACGGUAGCGGUGGAGGUGGUGGAGGAUGGGUACACCAUCACUCCCAUUCAUCCUCUUCAUCAUCUGAAGAACAUGGACAUGGUGGGCACGGUCAUCACGGGCCACGCCCCCCUAGGCCACGCCCUCCACGCCCACCACGCCCACCACGCCCAUCCAACUGCCCAUCCGAUUGGAUGACAUUCAAUCGACCACAAGGACCGUGGUGUGUGAAGGUGUUCUCUGGAACUACCACAAGUAAUACUGCCCAGUCGAUGUGUCAAGCGCAAGGAGCCGUACUGACAGGAAUACAAGAUGCUAAUGAGAGGAUACAGUUGGCUGACGCUGCCCGUAUCGUAAGCAAUGCCAUCGGAGGUUACAAUAAUAUGUGGCUUGGUGCGACACGUCGUGCUCAAUGUCCAAAUAAACCGUCUUGUGCCCCAUUGGACACUUUCGAAUGGACAGAUGGACACACCACUGGAACCGACGGAUUCUAUUUUCCACCCGGGGAGCCGAAUGCCCUUUAUAAGGCACAGUUCGGAACCCAAUCAUGUCUUGUUCUAACCAUUUCAUCUGCUGAUGGACAAAUUGGUAGUUGGAGUUACCCGCAUGGAUCGAUGGAUGAUGAUUACUGUCUGGAUCCAUGGAAAAUGUAUGCGUGUGGAAAGGAACCGAGUUAA